AUGGGUCUUGUGGAAAAGUUUCUGCCCAAGGAUGACCGCUUUGCAGCGUUGCUGCUUUAUGGCAUGGUCUUUUCAACCUGCUUUAAUGGUUACGAUGCUGGGGUCAUGACGGUCAUUCUGGCCGACAAGCAGUUUAUCGACUACUAUGGCAUUACCGCCAGCAAAUCUGGUCUGGUUGCCACUAUCCCAUGGGCCAUGACUGGAGUAAUUGUUGAGGUGGUCCCGAACAACUUCGGUGUCCUCAUCUUAGGACGACUCUUAACUGGUCUGGGUUUCGGCUGCGUAUACAUUGCAACUAACCUAUACGUCGCCGAAUGUGCUCCCACCAAGUUACGAGGAAGUUUCGUCGGCACAGUCUCCCAGUUCGGCUACCAACUCGGCACCCUCAUUGCCUUUUGGACCGGCUACGGAAUGUCCUUCCACAAGUCUCCCUAUAACAUUGCCUGGCGAGUAUCCAACAUUGUCCAGAUCCCAAUCGGGUUGGCCUUUAUCUUCGUCUCUUUCUGGUACCCCGAGAGCCCCCGUUUUAUGCUGGAGAAGUACCCCGAGACACCUGAGAAAUCGCUGCAAGUGCUCAGCCGGCUGCGGUCUGGGGCUCCGACCGAUGAGCGUAUCCGUGCCGAGUUCCAUGAGCUGGUUACAUCAUAUGAGUUCCGUCGUAGAUACAAUCCUGGGUAUCUCGGCUUGUUCAAGGAUAAGAGUAUGCGUAAGCGUUUGGCGUAUGGAUUCUAUGCGGCCAGUCUCCAGCAGUGCGGUGGUAUUGCUUCCCUCACUAUGUAUGCCACUCUCAUCUACCAAAGCCUGGGGUGGGACGCUGGCUCCCAGGCUUUGGCCAUCAAUGGCAUCCAGUCUGUCCUACAGUUGCUCAUUGUAUUGGUCAAUACCUUCACUGUGGAAAGAUUCGGCCGACGAGGCCUUCUCUUGGCUGGGUUCGCUAUCCAGGCGCUGGCGCUGUUGAUUAUGUCCUGCCUCUGCACGGCGUUUCCUUCAAACACAAACAAGGCUGCGGCUGUCGUGGAGGUUGCCAUGCUGUUCAUUGUUGGUUUGACAUACUGCUGGUCCAACGGUCCUAUCGCCGCAGCAGUGGUCUCUGAAAUCUUCCCUCAGCAUGUUCGAGAUAAGGGCUUUGGUCUUGCGAUGCUUGGCCAGACUUCCUGGCUUAUCUUGUUGACCCAAUCUUGGCCAUCUUUCAACGCCAAGGUUGGAGGUCACAGCUAUUGGCUGUUGUUCGGUCUCAAUGUCGCUGCUGGAAUCUCUGUAUUUUUUAUCCUUCCCGAGACAAAGGGCGUCUCUCUUGAGCGAAUGGAUAAGAUCUUUGGAGGCAUUGAUUUUGUCGAGGCAGGCGAGAUCGAAGGAGGCUCUGAGAAGCGUGAAGCCAUGGCCAUGGUGACAGAGGAGAGCAAGGCCCCAACUGCUCAUGUGGAAGAUGCGCCCCAGGAGCGUUCCUCCGGGCCACCGAGAUCUGCGGUGUGA